AAUUAUUUAUUUUCUAUCCUUGGAGUGUUAGUUUUAUAGUACAGUUGGAUUCAACUUAACUGCUAACAAAACAUAGAAGUGAAACACUGUGUGGAAAAUUGGUUUAGUCAUCUAACCACUUUGGCCUGGAGUUCUGAUAGAAACCCAUACAGUAGCUCAAAUCCAGACCAGCAGUAGUUUUGCCUUCAUCCUUUACAUCUUUCACUCCUGUUAGUCGUCAUAUUAUUUACAUAAAAUUAAUUUACAAUAUGUGUUUUACUUUAGUGCCCCGAGUACAGUACUGUAUAUGGCAGCCUUUGGAUGUCCUGGAGCUGGGCAAAAUAGACAACAAUCCACGUUGUGAUAAACUGCCUGAAGGACAAAUAUAAAUAUGUUCAUAAAAAUGUGCAUCAUUGUAUUUUUUAAUUACUCCGUUAACCUACUACCGGUAGUUAGAUUUUUUUAAUCCAUCCAAUGUCUGAAUAUCAAUUACUGGUAUUUCAAACUUUCUAGAUUUCUCUAUUGUUGGCUACUUAUCUUCAUAAGCUAUUGGCUGAAGGCAUUCAUUAGGCCUUUUAGGUGAGAAUGCUUGUCCCAUCUUUCGGAUGGUUCAUUUUUCUUCUGAGGGUAGACAGCCUCUUGUUAAGUUUGUGUACCUUAAUUUUUCAGUGGAAAACCACCAUAGAUCUGUUGUGUGUGUAUAAUAGCAGCAACAACCAAACGAUACACAUUUGUGGUCUUAGCACUUAUUCCAAAUGAUUGACAUUGACAAGCAGUUGUGUCCACAUAUUUCCAAAGGUACAGAGGACUCGUGAAAGAAUCGAGAGGUGGUUUGGAAUGUUUCUAGAUUUGGGUCCAUAACUGCCUAUUAUUGAGUGACAAUAACAAUAGCUAAAAUGUGAGCCUUUUCAAGGUUAUAUGUGAGGUUGUUCCUGGUUAAACCACCCUCAGAGUUCCCAUUGUUAAGGAUAAAAUAUUCCAAUAUUACUGGUUUCAAGUCAUGAUUACCUAAAGAAUUGUUGUUAAUUUAAGCAUUGAACCGACACUGAAAAUGGCAUUACGUGGCAGAACUAUAGACCAGACUGCUGCACAGUGUGCAACUAAAAUACCUCUAGGUGACUGCAGCGGGAGAGAGAGACUGCGUGCAGGCCCAGGUGUGUGCAGACAAGAAUCCAGUCCAAGCAUGUGGAGGAGUAACCUGAGCUAAUAACUCUGAGCUUAUCCAGUGCUCUGCUAUAGUGAGAGGCACUGUGGAUGCAUGGCGGUUGCUCAGCAGAGCCCAGGGCUGAGGACACUGCCGUGGCACUCACAGAUUGAGUUGCAGCUGGAGGAGUGGAGUUCAAGGUAAAACUAGUCCACACUAAUUGGUGAACCGGUGUCCGCAGUCCUGUCCUUGAGAUAAAGACGACUUAUAGAACACUCUAUGCUUUGCCAAACAACGCUAUAUUUAGGCCAGUGCAUAUGUCUGGAUUUUCCUUUCCUGUCUCAGUUGAAACUCAGGACAUCCUGUUCCUUUCCUCACAGAGUUCUGUACUGUGUGUAUGUCCAACAAUGGCCGCUGAAGGCCAGGGGUUAGUAAUUGGGUUGCUGCUAGUGCCGGUUCGUGGCUUGUAGCACUGUUUAGCUCUGUCAUCACUAUUAUCACUGUUGCCCAACUUCUAUUUCCCUCAACCCCAUCCCCGGUUCCAGAACGACUGUCAUUAUCUCAAGUUAAUCGCAGGACACAUCACAUUUACUUUGGAUUGAAAUGCACUUUGGUAUUUUGUUGUAAUAUUUGGCUUAUCUUUUGACAUUGUGUGAUGAAGAGAAAACAGGAGGCUUAAGUUGUCACUGAUAAAAAAAAAAUUUUAAAAAUGGGGGCAGAAAAUUGUAGCUUAAGACUAUCAAUUUUUCUAGGGAAGGUUCUGCGAAGGAACCACAAUGACUAUAUAUUAGUAUUAUGACACUUUAGAAAGGGAGUUUGGAAGUCACAGUUGGAGUCUGCGCUUGGAGCACCGUGGCUACAUGAAUGCAACUCUUUGUGCUCAUUGAUACAGAAAGCAGCCGCAUUUUAUCUGGCCUCGCCAUUCAUUUGACUCCCUGGGCCAAGUGAUUUAUCAUGGAUACUGUAACCAUUUCAGGCCUAGUUCAAGCAACCAACAUGCUAUAAACAAUUACCAUAUGCACAUAAGAGUGUGCAGCAUUAGUGUUGGUUGGUUUUGUGUGUGUGUUGUGGUGUUGUGUGUUACAAAAAAGGCAUAGUGCGGUGUAAAACAUGAUUGUCCUCAUUUAUAUAUUAUGUGGGUGGAAAUGUAAUGCGUGAAGUCACAAGGCUGAGUUGAUUAUAACAGUGAUCGUUUAAACCAGCCUUACCUGUCUGUAAUUAGGUUAGUAUGGAUCUAUUUUGUAAACCAUGAUUACUUUCAGUAUUAUCAUUACAUAAUAGUAAAAUGCAAAAGCUCAUGCAAUUACCUUCGCUGUCAACAUAUCCCCAGUGCUAUUGGUCCUUAAUGGCUUGCUAUUACGUUGCUCCUUAAUGUUUCGCUAUUGUGUUAGUCCUUAAUGUGAUCGAUUCAAAAUAAAAAAUGCCUUGUUACGAAUAACAUCUAAGGUCGUUGGAAAAGGUUAACUUAAGGUUAGGGUUAGGCAUCACUACUGGCGUUAGGGUUAUGAUGAAGGUUGGCAUCACAGGUUAGGCUAAGGAUGAAGGUUAAGGUUACAAAAACAGGAAAGACUGCCUGUCUAAACAACACAAUUGACCCACCAAAAUGUCUUGCCUAUUGCUGGAAUUGAACUUGCAACUAUUGGAUUAAAAUAUCAGUUGCGUAAAUGCUUGCCCACCAUCCCCGACAAAUACAGCCCGUAAUUGCUUUUUCCAAAAUAUUGUCAAAAGCAUGAAUUAUUUCGACAACUGCCAAUCUAUAUUUUUCUCUAAAUAUUAAUAUAAUUUUACACUUUUUUUUUAAACAAAAUUAUCACUAACAGGUCUCAAUAAUCAAAAGAAUUACAAAUACCUAAUGCGACAAAGCUGUGACAUAAGCAGGACACAAAAUGAACAAUGUAUCAGCCACUGUAUUGAAACUGUCUACAACACAAGAGAAGAAUAUAGCAGUGGGGGAGGGGUGGGUUUAGAAGAGGAGAGACACAACAACAAAGUCAUGCAUGUUAAAGUAUUCAUCAUCUCUUCUGAUUACAUACAUCUGUAUUUACGCCAUCAAACCAAGAGAACGUUAAUAUAGUUAAGCUAAAGCUAGUCUAAUAAUCAUACAACAUUUUGCCAAAUUGCAAGCCUACCUAUUUGGUGCAGUACGAAAACUCGAUCAUGAAUUUAGUCUAGUGUGCUUUGAUACUGUUGUGAUACGAAAACAACAAUGUGCCAAAUCACUUUUUUCUUUCUUAUCAUUUAAACUAUAACCAAUAAGACAAUUCCAGUUUUAUUGUUAAGUAAAAUUGUCCGUGUGUCACAUCCCUAUAAUAGACCAGUGACAAUUAAAAAAAGUAUUUUGACUAUCCUAGCCAAUAGUUCUUUCCCAUUGCCCUCAUAAUCAAAGGGAGCCCAUUUGAAAGGCCAAAGAUAUAAAAUAUUUUAAUUUUAGGAGUUACGUAAAAACAUAUCAUUAGAUCUGAAGGGAUGAUUUAAAAGACAAUUAAAAAGACUGUUAAUUGUAAAGACUGGAAUUUAUAAUUAACUAUAUAAUAUGCACUUUGUUUUUCUGUUAGUUGUGAACUUUUGCUUUCGAAAUCUUGUAUAUCUUAAAAGACUAUAGUUCACCAAAGAACAUCAAACGAGGACAAGUUAAAGGAUUGCAUUAUUCUUGAGUGUUGAGUGGAUUUUUAAGUACCUCAUCAAAUAUGUGUCCAAGCUCUCUAAUGUGUUUAGACAGAGAUAUUAAUCAAGAGAUAUGCACAGUGUAUAUCUAGCUUAUCCGAUCACCAACUUCUGAUACAUGCAGUAUGCAUAACACUUCAGUAGCAUUUAAUGCAAGUUCAGCAUGCUCUUAUAUUCAUAAUUAGCAAACAAAUACAAAGUGCUUUCUGUCACACAGUCCAUACAAGAAGGGAUUCAAUUUAUCCUCUUAUCGCAAAAGUAGAAAAAGAAAUCCUGCAUUUUUUCCAUUGUAUCUGUAUCGAGGAACAAACCUCAAGCCGCUGUCAUUAGAUGUAAUGACUAAAUGCUUCUUCACUCCUGAUACACCCGGCCAUGUUCCUAAUUAAAAACUUUGUUUUUUUAUUUGAUUGGGCAAGAAAUAAGGAAAGUGACUUUGACACAGAAAAAGACUGGAAUCCUCCAUUGAAGAUUUUUCCACAGAUUUAGAGUCUCCUUCACACUCUACAUAUUUAUUUUUCCUCUUCAUUCUACCCUUGUAAAUGCCUUUAAAGUGUUCAUGUUGUAUACGGUAAGUGCCCCUGGCUUUUAGGUCAUUAUCAUCUUUCUGCUCUAAUGUAAGUGACCUUAGCGUUGCUGCAGUGUAAAGAUGAUUACAGGGUCUUAGCAUGAGCCUGUCCGUCCGACCGGACUACUCGCUCGGCAUCGUUGCCUGCUGAAGUAAUCCCAGUAAUGCAGUCCCUUGGCUUUUUGUUAGAUGCCUGCGAAGGUGAAUCCUUAGGGGAUUUUGCUGUCCUGUAAAUCUCGCCGCUGACUGAUUAAACACACGAUUGUCUCCUUCAUUGAGGGUUGAUGAUGUCACAGCUGGAGGUUAUGAUUGGCUGCGGGCUCCUUAAGGGUACUAACCCAGAGCCCUGUUGGAACACUGUGACCUCCUUUCUCUCCGUCUUGCCCCUCAGGUCCUCCUUAAACUAAGGCACAGAGACCCAGACACACAGGAAGAGGCGGCCAGUUGCUCUUUACCGUGCUCCUCUCCCUCCCCCCUCUCCCCGCCCACCCCCGUGGACUAUAGACAGAGUUGACCCAACUAGCAUUACAUUUAACCAGCACCUUUGUAAUUGCUUUCGAGCUCCUGCAGGGCUUUAUGCUGAGAACCUCGACUUGCCAUGGCUGUGUGAAUAGGGAGGGGGAGCGAGCCUUGUGACUCCCCCCUCCUCCUCCCCCUCCCUCCUCUUGGGGUGUGCGGAGCAGAGCAGGCUGAGCCUGGGCUCAUUUACUUGGGGAAAAGGUUGCAGGUGAUUGGGCCAGAGCCCCGGUGACAUAUAUCUGUGGAGUCAGGAAAACGCUGUGCUCAGAGGCAGCUCUUUCUAAUUAGCAGAGAGAGACGGAGGGAGAGCUCUACUUUCUGCCUCCCAGCCGACACUGACUCACAGCUCUGUUCUGCUUGGCUCUGCACUGUUUGACUAUCUGAUGCAGGUUUCCAUGUUCCUUACCCAAAGCCUGGUUUACAAUGCUGUGCACACAGCCCUACGUAGGCUGCAGAGUUAGCUCAGACGCACACGUCCGCGCGUCUCCAAACAGAGGGGUAAUUAAAGUGUAUAAUGAGGACAAUACCAGCCGAGCGGUAGAGGUUCCACCUGACAUCACUGCCCGGGACAUAUGCCAGCUGUUUGUCCUUAAGAAUCAUUGCAUUGAUGACCACAGCUGGACUCUGUUUGAGCAUCUUUCCCAUCUAGGCAUAGAAAGAACCAUAGAAGACCAUGAAUCUGUUAUGGAGGUGCUGUCUGGCUGGGGAAUGGAAACAGACAGCCGCUUAUAUUUCCGGAAAAACUAUGCCAAAUAUGAAUUCUUCAAUAAACCACUGGACUUUUUCCCAGAUCACAUGGUGUCCAUAUCAAGUGAAACCAACGGGAUGAUGAACCAUUCUCAGCUAAUACAGACAUUUCUCAACUCGAGCACUUGUCCGGAGAUCCAUGGGCACCUCCAUGCCAAAGAACAAGGCAGGAAGUCUUGGAAGAAGUUCUACUUUGUCUUGAGGAGGUCAGGUCUAUACCUCUCCAACAAGGGCACCUCCAAGGAACCAAGGCAUCUCCAGUUCAUUGCGGAGUUCAGUGACAGCGAUGUCUACACAUUGCUAUCAGCUAAAAAGAUACACGGAGCGCCUACGGACUUCGGCUUCUGUGUCAAGUCUACUAAGAGUGGCUCUCCCCGGGACCUCAAGCUGUUGUGCGCAGAUGACGAGCAGACCAGAACCUGCUGGGUCACUGCCAUACGCCUCUUUAAGUGUGGGAUGCAACUAUACCAAAACUACAUUCAACCGCACCAGAAACAGAAAGCUUCCCCUAUGAGAAGUAUCUCGGAUAACUCCUUAGUGGCCAUGGACUUCUCUGGACACAAGAGCCGGGUGAUUGAGAACCCAUCAGAGGCACUGUCUGUAGCUGUGGAGGAGGGGCUCUCAUGGAGGAGGAAAAGCUGCCACCGUCUAAGCUCCCACGAAGGUCCGUCCACCUCGCAGAGUCACCUGUCAAACAUAGCUCUCCAUAUGGCCCAGCCCUGGUUCCACAGCAAACUGUCCAGAGACGAGGCCCACCGCCUAAUCACUCAACAGGGUCUGAUUGAUGGGGUAUUUCUUCUAAGGGACAGCCAAAGCAACCCCAAGACAUUUGUACUGUCACUGUGCCACACACAGAGAGUGAAACACUUUCAGAUCUUGCCGGUGGAAGACGAGGGGGAUCUGUUCUACAGCCUGGACGACGGUCACACGCGCUUCACUGAUCUGAUCCAGCUGGUGGAGUUCUACCAGCUCAACCGCGGGGUGCUGCCAUGCAAGCUCAAACACCACUGUGCCAGGAUCACCCUCUGAGGGGCCAGGGGUCUCCCAUGGCCCCAUACAGACAGAUGCACCUUAAUCACAGCCAGGGCCACUCUGGUGAACCAAGCACCCCUCCCUCCUUCCCCUCCCGUGCCUUUGACAGGAGACAGAGGACAUCGCCAGACAUAAGCCAACUGAAAACACUGUUAUCCCACCCUGAAACCCCUUCUCUUGGAGAUCACCGUGGUAGUCAGUCUUUGUAAUGACUUACUUGUUUAAUAAGAUAUGAAAUAGAGGUGUUACAAUUAGAAAUACAGGACAAUUUUGUUUUACGAGUGACCACAAGUGUUGAGAAGUCUGGUGUUGGAUAAAGUGCAUCUACUGUAGGCAUGAUGUGACUUAGAGGGCGCUACUGUGAGCCCAUUGGUGGCCCGGUAUGUUAGCUCAGGUGUGGCAAUGAAUCACAAACCCCACAGGUACUCGCGUGUCAAGUCCAAACUUCAGUUAAUGUACUGUAUAUAACAUGGAGCUGAUCAUGUCUGCAUUAUGUAUCAGUCUUUUUGCUCCUUACAACUCUCUAUGGGAAUUGACAUAAUCUACUGUAGCGGACUGUUGAUACUGUAGAUUGAGAGCUGAUAUUUGACGUGUUCACGCUAUGUGAAUAGAAUGACCAGUGUGGUAUAGCCAUAAUCGUUGUGAUUAUCGGAACAGUGAAGCUAAACCUGGUUGUUUGUCAGGAUAAGGGGAUCACUACUAUCAGGCCGGAGACAAAGCAUGAUGGGAAAUGCAGUACGUAAGCUACUGUGGUCCUCUGGCCUUGGUAAUUUCCUGGGUAAACUAAGCUGUUGCUAAUUGUUUUCAUCGCAUCUCAAGGAAUUCAGGUAUUUUUCAAAAAAUAUAUGAUUGUUUUUGGGGGGUUUUUGUAUUUGAGAGGUACAGUAUGACUAGCAGAGGGGAAUGCAUCGGUUGCCUACUGACUGCCUUCUUUGGGGAGCAUGCACACAAACAUGCUUCACUAGCCUGCACUGUACGUUUCAUUAAAAUGUAUUGAUUGCAUUUGAAUCGAUAAAUGUUUAACCCUCUCCCUUUUUGUUAUAGCAAAGCAGCAGAAAAUAUAUUUUACAAAAUUGAGAUUCAAACCACAGUUUGAGAUAGUAUGAUAUCAUGAUUAUAUUCCCAGAAAAUGGUUGUACAUUGAAAUUUGUGUUUUUAUAGUUUUCCCCCCAAGAUUCAGGUAAAUGACGUGCAGCACCUGAAGUGGUUGAAUAUGGGUGUAAAGAACAAAACUAUGACUUACAUCAUCUUCUGUUUGUUGCUCCAUUUCAGAAAACUGAAUCAUGCAGCAAUUUGUACAGACAGGUUUCAACGAGAACAUUAUAAUGAAACAUUGUGUACUGUACUUUAAAACGCAUUUAAAAAAAAGCAUUUCAUACAAUGUUUCUAACAGUCGAGGAACGAUGCAUUUAAACAAUAAACGAAUGUCAUGGACUGCAAUAUUUUAUAAAGGAAAGAAAACCAA